AUGCCUGCCGGAGGAUGCCUGUGCGGAAAUAUCCGCUAUGAAGUGCAGGGGAAAGCCGAGGCCAGCGUUCUCUGCCACUGUUUCGACUGCCGCAAAAUCUCUGGGUCAACCUAUUCCAGCAACGCCAUGUACAGCGAGGACAAGUUCAAGAUCACCCAGGGAACCCCAAAGCAAUACAAAAAGACAGCGGACAGUGGAAAAGAAAUAACCUCGUUCUUUUGUGGUGAUUGCGGCUCGACCAUGUGGCGACAAAGUCCAAGCUUUGCUGGCCAGCGCAUCAUCAAGGCAUGUCCCAAGGCGGGAACGCUCGACGACACGAGCAUCCUAGAUAACUUCAAGACCGAUGCCGAGUUGUUCACCCAGAACAGGCCCAAGUGGAUUGGCGCUCAAGAGGGUGCGCCUCAGAACUAG